UUCAUGAAAUAAAGUGUAAGAAUUAUUAACCAUGUCUCGCGCUAGUUUCGUAUUGUUUGUGAUGAUCGGAGUGCUUUACAGCACGACUAUCGCACAGCCGCGGUGUGGGAGAAAUCAAGAGUGGAACACUUGUGGAUCGGCAUGUCCACCAUCUUGUGAUUCAUCACCUAAUCAAUUCUGCACAUUACAAUGCGUGGUAGGAUGCCAUUGUAAAAGGGGAUAUGUGUUAAAUUCUUCAGGAGAAUGUGUGCGUCCUUCACAAUGUUAGAAAUUAAUUGUGUAUACUUACUAAAGAGUUGAUAACUUUUUCUUUAACGUCAAUGAGAUUUUUACUAAGCAUUUUUAACUAAAAAUCGAUAUGCCAAUAAGUAUUACAUGUAUUAGAUGUAAUGCGAUAUAAUUAUUGUUGCUUGUAUAAUUAUUAAUUAAUGAUA